AUGGCCGUCUCUACCAACAGCGACUUCGUCGACUUCAUCAUUCCACUUCGUGAACGCAUGAACUUCUACGACAAGACCCGAUCGCCUACCGACCAAGAGAAGAACGAUGCGGCGGACCCGGCACGCUCGCUCCCACAAGGCUUCAUCGAUUCGAUGAUAAUUCGCGAGGCGGUCUAUGUGCAAGAGCAGGGAGUGCCGCUCGAGAAUGAGCUGGACGACGAGGACGCAUUGGCUUUCCACUGGGUUGCAUACGCUUCAGUGCCGGACAAAGUUCGCUCAGACCCCAGCUCACCAGAGAUGAGCCCUCAAGGCGGCAGGAAGGACUCGGGAAGACGCAUAAGCACAAGCACCAAGAUGCCCAUCGGCACCAUCCGCGCAACACCCGUCCCCUACCCGCAACAGCACCCUCAUCCGAACGGCAAGUACGAAACCGCCGUCCACAAGAACAAUGAAGCCUACGUCAGAAUCGGCCGUCUCUCCGUCGUAAAAGAAUUCCGCAAAGCAGGCAUCGCCAAACUCCUCGUCGACACCGCUCUCGGUUUCAUCUCCGCCCACCCGUACGAAACGUUCGCCUACUACGACCAAGCCGCCACCUCGCAAGCAGGCAGCGGAGCGCAGAGCGUCGAUUUCCGCGGUCUCGUGCUAGUGCAUUCGCAGACGGGGGUGCAGAAGGUGUGGCGCAAGUACGGGUUCGAGACGGAUGAGAGUAUGGGGGAGUGGGACGAGGAGGGGAUCUUGCAUGUCGGAAUGUGGAAGCGGUUGGAUCUCAGCAAUGCUAGUAAGAAGAAUAAGAUAUGGCUGCCUGGUGGGCCCUCGUAG